AUGCCGGGCGUACAGCACAAGACCGAAGAUGAGGAUGAAGCGAACCGGGAGCAAGAAUCAACCUGUGGAUAUUGCCACAAAACGGGCCAUGAGCUCGCAGACUGUGGUCACUUCUCUCUCAGGGGCCGGAGGCAUGGUUUCAUUGGCGGCUGUCCAAUGUGUAACACCGUAGGCCACCGCUACGACAGAUGCAAAAAGCUACCUGCCGGCGGCGAUGAGCUUCUUCGGCAUCACAUGGAAUGGCUCGUUCGACGUCGUGGGAACCUUCCGAUGAUCCACAGUAAUGUCAACAUCUGGGUGCUUGUCUUGGGCUUCCCAGACUAUGAUGGUGGGUACCCGUGGUCCAGAAAAUUCACUCGCCGUCUCUGGUCCAAUGCGAUCGCUUUGGCAUCGACCAACAUGGUCGAGUUUACUGCGAGGAUCGGUGCUCUGGACUGCUCAACAACGUCUCUUGCACAGAUCAAGGACCACAUCAGUUUUAACGUCCCAGAUGCCCCCCUUAAUGAAAUCUAUCGUACGAACUUGUUGGCCCAGGGCAACGUUCGCCAAGGGGACGUAGGCAGGGGCUCCUCCCCGGAUGACAACGAGCCCGCAAGAAUCUGGAGAACAAUUUUGGACCAGUCUGGCAAGGUUAACGACGAGAGGAAACAAACCAUGUGGGCUGUUCACUGCGCCGGCGCCAUAUCUGCUCCCGCGUUCGCCGCAGAAAGCAAGACAUGGGCACGAGCAUUCGGCAACUUUCUCCUCCACGACAAUCCCAGCGGAGUCGAGGACGUCCCGUUUCUCAGGGAGCUCCGCAACCGGGCAGCCAAACGGGACAAGAAGAAGAAGCGUAAAUCUCAACCAAAGCUGGAGAACGAUGCGUCGCCGCUGCAGGUCACCGCAGAGCCUCACGAGCAGCCGCAGCCAAACUUGAAGGAGGUAUUCGUCACAUCGCUCGAGAACCGCCAAGAGAUCUGGACGGCUCUCUGCCCCCGAAGAAAGUGCGUCGGCCACUUUCCUUUCGAGGUGCCCGUCCCCCCGGCCGUCAGGCUCCGAAAACACAUCCUUGACGAACUGGAGAACAAGGAGGACAACCGGCAGAAAGUCGAGCAGUUGGCACACUACAUCCACCCCCACGUGCGCAUCGGCAUCGCUCAGCGGAGACUGGCGGAUGGCGGGGCCGUUCACACGCUGGUGCUGGACCUCGCCGAGCAUGCCCGCGACUUGCGCUUCUCCCGCCUGGGCUUGCUGCAGGCCUACGACAUGGUCGUCUGCUGGGCGUCAAAAGUCGACAGGGAGGGGGUCAGCAUCUCGCUGAAGAGCGCGUUCGACGAUUGCAACAGGGCCACGGAGGAGAUCGUGGCGGGCGGGGAUCGCAUCAAGGAGAUGGAGGAGCUGGAGAGGCAGCUGGAGAGGCUCACGCCCGACGGCUCGCAGUUCGAUCGCGCGGUCGAGCGCGCCUCCGGGUGGCUGGAGCUGCACAAGGGCCGACUGGCCACUCGUCCGGCAGAGCGGGAGAGGCGGCUGCGCAGGUGGUGCGAGAAGAACCUCGGCGAGCUAGGCGACAUGGACGGACACCUUCUUGAACAAGCGUGCAAGCGGGCUGUGGAGGUUAAGACCGGGGAAUGGAACACGGGCAAGCGGGGGAUCGAAGACGUAGAGACCGGCACCGAUGGUGACGGAGGUCGACCGGUGAAGAGGGCGAGAGUGCGUUGA